GGCGUACAGACACGGGUUAAACCAUAUAAAAAUCCUGGACACAAACCUCUGCAGUUACGUCCACAGAGGCAAUCCAAGGUCGCUGGAAUGGCUGUUUUCAAGCUCUCAUUUGUGGCUGUAUUGCUGCUUUCUGCCUAUUGCUGGGCUGACAAUGAGGUAUACAGCAUUGAAGAAGAUCUGAGCGACCUUUCUGUGUCGGAACUUCUGGAGAGAGCCAACAGUAACAGGAUGCGUUCAGCUGAUGAGCCAGAGUUGAUUGAAGGAGACAUUGCCAUCGACAAUGAUGCCGAGAGAAAUGCAGACCCCUGUACCAGCCGCGGUUGCACGUGGAGCAAGUGGACUGAUGGGAAGGUCUACAUUCCUUAUUACAUCGCCAGUCACUUUUCCUCCCGUGAGAAGGCCAUCAUCACCCGUGGUCUGGAGUCCUUCUCUUCCUUUUCCUGCAUCCGCUUCAGGCCCACCAGAAGCAGUGACCGUGACUGGCUGAGCAUCGAGUCCCAGAAUGGAUGCUACUCCUACGUUGGUCGCCGUGGUGGUAAGCAGGUGGUGUCUCUGGCUCGCCGUGGAUGUCUCUAUCAUGGCACCGUCCAGCACGAGUUGCUCCACGCUCUUGGAUUCAACCAUGAACAGACCCGCUCUGACAGGGACAACCACAUUAGAGUUCUGCUGCAGAAUGUUCAGUCUGGAAUGGAGCACAACUUCAGAAAGAUUGCUACCCUCAACCAGGGCACUUCCUAUGACUACAACUCUGUCAUGCAGUACCACAAGUAUGCCUUCUCCAAGAACAAUCAGCCCACCAUGCUCCCCAUCCCUAACAGCAACGUGUCCUUUGGCAACGCUAAGGAGAUGAGCCGCACUGACAUUGCCAGGCUCAACAACCUCUACAAGUGUUAGGAUGACAUGUUUCAAAGUCAUGACUGGGACUGCCCUAGUCUGUCAUCAGAGUCGCAAUUGUGAACUCAUCAGCAAACUAAUUUAGAAAUAAACAUACUUGACCAUGACAUA